UCCCGUGUUUCGCUGGUCUGUUGUCGCUAGUCUUGGUAACGUGGGAAGAGUAAUCUGUACCCUGUAGCAACUUCCUCGAGGGAUAAGUGCUGAAUAUUUAACUAUUCACAUUGUCUUGAUCAGUAGUUUAAUGGCUGUAUAAUUUCAAUUAUAGUGUGUCAUAAACUACGUAAACUGAUUAAAUUACGCUUUGCCAAUACGAAACGACAAAAGCUAAAAUGAUGUUACAUUCCUCACCACUGGCAAAGAGCUCGGUUGCCUACAAUACCAGUGACUCCACUGGUACAGGUUCUGAGGGAGAGGGAGCUGCCAGAGACUCCAGCUCCAGUGGUCCCAGUGAUGACUGUUUGCUCCCCAGCUCCAACAGCCCGACACUACCCCAGCCCACCAUCACAACUGCAAGUUCCGCCCCCAUGCCUGCUUCCAGACGCAGUUUCCACAUCCCACGCGCAAGUUGGCAAGUGAUGGAGCAGGUCACCACUCGUACGACUGACUGGGGCAACUGCACAAAGCCCCCUCCACCCCCUGCCACAACUGCAAGUUCCGCCCCCAUGCUUGCUUCCAGUCGCAGUUUCCACAUCCCACGCGCAAGUUGGCAAGUGAUGGAGCAGGUCACCACUCGUACGACUGACUGGGGCAACUGCACAAAGCCCCCUCCACCCCCUGCCACAACUGCAAGUUCCGCCCCCAUGCUUGCUUCCAGUCGCAGUUUCCACAUCCCACGCGCAAGUUGGCAAGUGAUGGAGCAGGUCACCACUCGUACGACUGACUGGGGCAACUGCACAAAGCCCCGUCCACCCCCUGCCACAUCUGCUCCCGUAGCAGCUGCAGCCACAGCCUCUGCCGAGGAGUUGACUCCGGGGUCACCACAGCAGUCCCAGUGGCCUGUAUCUGUGCAUUCUCAGUCAGAUCAGCAGUGUAAUGGCAGCCAGAACAUCAAUGAUGACUGCCUGAGACUACAGCGAGACAAAGUCAGAUCCAUAGUUGCUAAGGAAGUAGCCAAUCGAGAUGACAGACACCAAGGCUAUGCUGGAGCACAAGUGACUAGUUGUCGUGGUGAAUGGAGCUAUGUGGGCACUGAACUGGAGGAAGAGCAUGGUAAAGAACCUAAUAGGUCUUCAGAAAAUUCGUAUGAUGAAGAGCUCAAAAGAGGAAGGGUAAAGAAGAUGAAAUCCAACAAUAACAGCAGCUCACAGCACAAUUUCCAACACAAGUCCAAUUCAUUCCAGCAUUUAUCACAGUGAGAAGAUUCGUUGGAAUAACUCUGGUAACAGUGUCAGGUCACAGGUCUACUACCGCCCACACCAUUCAUAUCCUCAUCCGUUAGGAAGUGUACUUUUGAGUUGCAAUGGCCUAAAGACCUACUCUGCCCAGUUUAUUUAUUUGUAAAUGUUAUUUCUUGUAGAAGGAAUACAAGAAAUAGCAUGUUUACUCAUCUUGUGUUAUGACAAGUGUUCCUGCCGUGGUAUGUGUAGAGUUAUGCUGCAUUAAAAAACAAACCACAAUUAUUAUUUCCAUUCUUUGUGCUCUGCAUGUAUUUAAUUCUGUUGAUGUUAAAUAACAGCCAAAGGCAAUCUGUGUAAAACAAAUCUUUAUCAGUGUGAUACUAAGUAUUUCAAA